AGGAAGUUAUUUUCUGCAAUGGAAGUUUCUAUUGAGUAAUUUCUGGUUUUCAAAAGAAGGAAGAGUUUCCCGGCACAUCAGUCUAAUCAGAUAACUGUUAUCCCUCCAGUCCAGAACUGCUUUGUUUUUCUUCUAUAAUCAUGGCAAAACCUUACGAAUUUAACUGGCAGAAGCCAGUUCCCUCUUUUAUGCAAGAUGGAGCUGUGUUUGACAGAUACGAAGAGGAAUCUUUUGUCUUUGAAAGCAACUGCCUUUUCCGAGUGGAUGAAUUUGGCUUUUUUCUGAGCUGGAAAAGUGAAGGAAAGGAAGGACAAGUAUUAGAAUGCUCCCUAAUCAACAGUGUUCGUUUUGGAGCUGUACCAAAGGAUCCCAAAAUACUAACUGCACUUGAGGCUGUUGGAAAAUCAGAAAAUGAGUUGGAAGGACGGAUAGUUUGUGUUUGCAGUGGCACAGAUCUGGUGAACAUCAGCUUCACUUUCAUGGUAGCAGAAAACACAGAAAUAGCCAAGCAAUGGGUAGAAGGGCUUGGAUCCAUCAUACAUAACUUUAGAGCUAACAAUGUCAGUCCAAUGACAUGUCUCAAGAAACACUGGAUGAAGCUGGCCUUUCUAACGAACACAAAUGGGAAAAUUCCAGUUCGGAGCAUUACCAGAACCUUUGCAUCAGGUAAAACAGAAAAAGUGAUCUUUCAGGCACUUAAGGAAUUAGGUCUUCCCAGUGGAAAGAACGAUGAAAUUGAGCCUGCAGCAUUUACUUACGAGAAAUUUUAUGAGCUCACCCAAAAGAUAUGUCCCCGAACUGACAUAGAGGACCUCUUUAAGAAGAUCAAUGGAGACAAAACUGAUUAUUUAACGGUAGACCAAUUAGUGAGCUUUCUAAAUGAACAUCAACGAGAUCCUCGCCUCAAUGAAAUUUUAUUUCCCUUUUAUGACACAAAAAGAGCAAUGCAGAUAAUUGAGACCUAUGAGCCAGAUGAAGACUUGAAGAGUAAAGGUGUCAUAUCAAGUGAUGGGUUUUGCAGAUACUUGAUGUCAGAUGAAAAUGCCCCAGUUUUCCUAGACCGUUUGGAAUUGUAUCAAGAAAUGGACCAUCCUUUGGCUCAUUAUUUCAUCAGUUCCUCUCACAAUACAUAUUUAACAGGCAGGCAGUUUGGUGGCAAGUCUUCGGUGGAGAUGUACAGACAAGUGCUUUUGGCUGGAUGCAGGUGUGUUGAGCUGGACUGUUGGGAUGGCAAAGGUGAAGACCAAGAACCAAUUAUAACACAUGGAAAAGCAAUGUGUACAGACAUUCUUUUCAAGGAUGUAAUUCAAGCCAUUAAGGAAACAGCAUUUGUUACAUCAGAGUAUCCUGUCAUUCUUUCAUUUGAAAAUCACUGCAGCAAGUAUCAACAGUACAAGAUGUCAAAAUACUGUGAAGACCUUUUUGGAGAUCUCCUGUUGAAGCAGCCACUAGAAACACAUCCACUUGAUCAAGGUAAAGCUUUACCUUCUCCUAAUGACCUCAAAAGAAAAAUUCUCAUAAAGAAUAAAAGACUGAAACCUGAAGUAGAAAAAAAACAGCUUGAUGCUCUGAAAAAGAUGAUGGAGGCUGGGGAAACUGCUGCUCCUGUAAAUAUCCUGGAGGAUGAUAAUGAAGAAGAAAUAGAAAGUGCUGACCAGGAAGAAGAAGCUCACCCAGAGUACAAAUUUGGAAGUGACCUUACUGUAGAUGACUACAGUCAAAAAGAAGCAGUUGCCAUCAGUGUCAAAAAGGCUGUUGAAGAUUCUGAGCAAGAAAACAAUAAAAAGGGUUUAGUAACUGUGGAAGAUGAACAAGCAUGGAUGGCAUCUUACAAAUAUGUAGGUGCCACAACCAAUAUACAUCCAUAUUUAUCAACAAUGGUCAACUAUGCUCAACCUGUAAAAUUUCAAGGUUUCGAUGUAGCAGAAGAACGCAAUAUUCAUCAUAAUAUGUCCUCUUUCAAUGAAUCAGUCGGACUAGGGUAUUUGAAGACCCAUGCCAUUGAGUUUGUGAAUUAUAAUAAACGACAAAUGAGUCGGAUAUACCCAAAGGGAGGCCGAGUGGAUUCCAGUAAUUACAUGCCUCAAAUUUUCUGGAACGCUGGCUGCCAGAUGGUCUCACUGAACUAUCAGACCCCAGAUUUAGCAAUGCAGUUGAAUCAAGGAAAAUUUGAAUAUAACGGAUCGUGCGGGUAUCUACUUAAACCAGAUUUCAUGCGAAGACCAGAUCGAACAUUUGACCCUUUCUCUGAAACUCCUGUAGAUGGUGUAAUUGCUGCGACAUGUUCUGUACAGGUAAUAUCUGGUCAGUUCUUAUCAGACAAAAAAAUUGGUACGUAUGUAGAAGUGGAUAUGUAUGGUUUACCCACGGACACGAUACGUAAAGAGUUUCGGACACGCAUGGUGAUGAACAAUGGUCUGAACCCUGUUUACAAUGAAGAAUCAUUUGUAUUUCGAAAGGUUAUUCUUCCUGAUCUUGCUGUCCUGCGAAUAGCAGUGUAUGAUGACAAUAAUAAGUUGAUUGGUCAAAGGAUCCUGCCUCUGGAUGGUCUGCAAGCAGGUUACAGACACAUUUCCCUUCGGAAUGAGGGCAAUAAACCACUCUCUCUUCCAACGGUUUUCUGCAACAUUGUGCUUAAAACAUACGUGCCUGAUGGUUUUGGAGAUAUUGUGGAUGCUUUAUCAGAUCCAAAGAAAUUUUUGUCUAUUACAGAAAAAAGAGCAGACCAAAUGAGAGCUAUGGGUAUUGAAACUAGUGAUAUAGCUGAUGUACCAAAUGACAUGUCAAAGAAUGAUAAAAAAGGAAAAGCCAAUAAUGCCAAAGCCAACGUAACACCCCAGAGUAGCUCUGAACUUCGACCAAGUACCACUGCAGGUUUUGGAUCUGGGACCGACGCCAAGAAAGGUAUAGACCUUAUUCCUCAAGUGAAGAUAGAAGAUUUAAAACAAAUGAAGGCUUAUAUAAAGCAUUUAAAGAAACAGCAGAAAGAGCUGAAUGCCUUAAAGAAGAAACAUGCAAAGGAGCACAGCGCUAUGCAGAAGUUGCACUGCACACAAAUUGACAAAAUAGUGGCACAAUAUGAUAAAGAAAAGGGUUCAUAUGAGAAAAUGUUAGAGAAGGCAAUCAAGAAGAAAGGAGGAAGUAAUUGUCUUGAAUUGAAGAAAGAAACAGAAAUUAAAAUUCAGACACUAACAUCGGAUCACAAAUCUAAGGUCAAAGAGAUUGUGGCACAGCACACUAAGGAGUGGUCUGAGAUGAUCAAUACGCACAGUGCAGAAGAGCAGGAAAUCCGGGAUUUACACUUGAACCAACAGUGUGAACUACUGAAGAAACUGCUGAUAAACGCUCACGAACAACAAACCCAGCAGCUAAAAUUUUCACAUGACAGGGAAAGCAAGGAAAUGCGUGCUAACCAGGCUAAAAUAUCUAUGGAGAAUAGCAAAGCCAUAAGCCAAGACAAAUCUAUCAAAAAUAAAGCUGAAAGAGAGAGGCGAGUCAGAGAACUGAACAGCAGCAACACAAAAAAGUUCCUGGAAGAGAGAAAAAGGCUGGCAAUGAAGCAGUCAAAAGAAAUGGAUCAGUUGAAAAAAGUUCAGCUUGAGCAUUUAGAAGUCUUGGAGAAACAAAAUGAGCAGCUUUUGAAAUCCUGUCAUGCAGUGUCUCAAACACAAGGCAAAGGAGAUGCAGCAGAUGGUGAAGCUGGAAGCAGAGAUGGAUCGCAGGCCAGCAACAGUGGUCUAAAGCCUCAACAAGCAAAUUGAAGUUGGAGAAGGCAGCAUCCUUAAAAUGAGAGCAAAAUUCAAAAUAACAUUGCUGAGGUUGAAAAGUGGGCUUUUUAAUUUUGUUUGUUUGCAAUAUAUUAAGUAUAGCUACAGACCACCAAGUCUUAAGGUUUGCAUUAUUCCUUUUUUAACACUGGGCACUGAAUUUCCUUUGUUGGGUUUCCAUGAUGAGAUUCUCCUUUGUUGAGAAAAACACUACUCAGAAGAUGAAGACAGUUUUUAAACCUAGUCCUGUAUUCUUUUCUGUAUCUCGCCAGGCAGCUUGCCUGCAUCAGAAUUACACAAUCAGAGCCUUGAAACACAACAGAUAUUUUUAACAUCAUCUCAAAUGGCAACAAAGCUGUAGUCCUGUUAUUUACCGUUUGUGUUCUCACGUGUGAUGUAUCGUGUAGAAACCCCAUGCUGCCAGAUCCCAGCAAGCAGCAACUCCUCAGAUGCUCAGCACCUGAUGUCAUCGAGCCCACUGAACUGCACCUGCUGCUGAGGCACCGUCAUGAUCAGUAUAGUAAGGAGCUGAGUUGGGGCAAUUUUAAAUUAUAUU